GUAAUGUUGCGUACUGUUCCAUUGUAGAGAGGAUUGAAAGUGCGUUCUGUUCUAGACAUAGGCGUCUGACAGGGUAGAUCUCUCGCAAAUCCGUCGCCAUCCUCGGAAAGAGAAUAAAUGAUGACCUCCAAAAUACGAAGAUCAUAAUAUAGACCUUAUAACAUUUCACCUGAGACCAAUAUUACGGAGAUUUUGCGAUCCGUUCCGUAGAAAAGCAAUGGUGAAAGUUGCUCUGUUCAGGAAGGAACCGAUUUCUCUUUUGGGAGUCGGGGGGGUGGGGGGUGUGUAGGUCUACCAGCCAGUUAGUUAGACAGCCGAGAGAGGGUAACAUUCAAGGUGACAAGCGAACUUUGAUAUUUGUAUUGUAUUUCUUAAUACAAGGGCCUUACGGUACACAGUAACGUUGCUAAAGCAGAAUGGAGCUGCGGGUCGGAAACAGGUACAGGCUGGGCAGGAAAAUUGGAAGUGGAUCCUUUGGAGACAUCUACUUGGGCACGGACAUCUCAGUGGGAGAGGAAGUGGCCAUCAAGCUGGAAUGUGUGAAGACCAAACACCCCCAGCUGCACAUCGAGAGCAAGAUCUACAAGAUGAUGCAGGGAGGAGUGGGGAUCCCCACUAUAAAGUGGUGUGGUGCUGAGGGCGAUUAUAACGUGAUGGUGAUGGAGCUGCUGGGGCCCAGUCUGGAGGAUCUCUUCAACUUCUGCUCCCGCAAAUUCAGCCUCAAGACUGUCCUGCUGCUCGCUGACCAGAUGAUCAGUCGGAUCGAGUACAUCCACUCCAAGAACUUCAUCCACCGCGACGUGAAGCCGGAUAACUUCCUCAUGGGGCUGGGCAAGAAGGGCAACCUGGUCUACAUCAUCGACUUCGGCCUCGCCAAGAAGUACCGCGACGCCCGCACACACCAGCACAUCCCCUACCGGGAGAACAAGAACCUCACCGGAACCGCCCGCUACGCCUCCAUCAACACACACCUGGGCAUCGAGCAGUCCCGGCGUGACGACUUGGAAUCUCUGGGCUACGUGCUGAUGUACUUUAACCUGGGCUCGUUGCCAUGGCAAGGGCUCAAGGCCGCCACCAAGAGGCAGAAGUACGAGCGCAUCAGCGAGAAGAAGAUGAGCACGCCCAUAGAGGUCCUAUGCAAGGGCUACCCAUCGGAGUUCGCCACCUACCUGAACUUCUGCCGUUCGCUGCGUUUCGAUGACAAACCGGAUUACUCCUACCUCCGACAGCUCUUCAGAAACCUCUUCCACAGACAAGGCUUCUCCUACGACUACGUAUUCGACUGGAACAUGCUCAAAUUCGGUGCUAACCGGGCAGCGGAGGACCCUGAUCGUGAGCGGCGGGAGCGCGAGGAUCGUCUACGACACGGACGAGCACCCGCCAGACCACGCCCCCCACAGGACACGGCGCCGCCCACGCCGCUAACGCCCACCUCACACACCGUGAACACGUCGUCCCCUCGGCCGGUGACGGGUGUGGAACGCGAGCGUAAGGUCAGCAUGCGUCUGCACAGGGGCGCGCCCGUUAACGUGUCAUCGUCGGACCUGACCGCUCGCCAGGACACCUCCCGCAUGUCCACCUCUCAGAAUAGCAUUCCCUUCGAUCAUCAUGCCAAGUAGCAGAGCAUCACGUCCUCGUCUGAAGGAUCCAGUCUGACUCCUCAUGGUGUCUCUGAGUGUGGAGGAGCUGAAGACCUACCGGAACUAGAACCAACACCCGGAACCCAGGCCAGGACCUAGAACCAACAUCCGGAACCCAGAACAGGACCUAGAACCAACACCCGGAACCCAGAACAGGACCUGGCUCCAACAACAACAGCAAGACCACCGCAACUCAGUUCAGUUCAACCCAAGACUCCGCCCCUGUCUAGCACAAACAUGGACCAUUAAAUGCCUCUCUCUCUCUCUCUCUCUCUCUCUCUCUCUCUCUCUCUCUCUCUCUCUCUCUCUCUCUCUUGUGGAAACGUUGGUCUCCAUGGGAACAGCAGUGGAAAGGAGAGUGACUGCCAGCCCAUAGUGCAACAUUCUCCUGUUGUGUUCAUCCCUCUCCCUCACUCUGCUGCACCCCUGACCCCUGGGAUUGGACCCCCACACACACACACACGCCUGACCCCUGGGAUUGGACCACACACACACACACACGCCUGACCCCUGGGAUUGGACCACACACACACACACACUUACCUAACCCCUGGGAUUGGACCACACAUACACAAACACGCACACUUAUACACACACUGGUCUGUGUCCCUGUAUAGAUUAUUAUGGUUUUUCUCUGGACCUUUGGCUGCAGAAUCCCAACGCGAUCGACCUGCCAUCUGCACAUUGUUUUAUUUGCCCUUUUAUGUAUUUAUUUAACCCCCCCCCCGGGGGCAAUCCUGGCCCCCUCCUGCAUGCUCAGGUCGGAGGGUGGGCGGGGGGGGGUUUACUCUGUGGACAGGAUGGCCUAGAGCGACGGAUGCACACAUGGCCUCUGCUGGGUCCCAGUUUCCAGCUCACGCAAGGGGUCUGAGGGAAACCAUGGAGCCCCUCUGCCAUCUUGGCUCUGCUUACCUGCUGUGGCGUGUGUGUGUGGCCUCCGUCUCUCCACCAAGCUAACAUUGUGUGUGUGUGAGUCAGACGGUCACCUUCCUCUGACCCAUGCCAGACCAGCCCACUGCUUUCAGAGCUGCCGCUCAUCCAGCUACACCAUUCCAGAGCUCUGACGGCACCAUUCUAGAACUCUGACGACGUCACCAUUCUACAGCUCUGACGACGUCACCAUUCUAGAGGUCCAGCUUCACUAGUCUAGAUCGGCUCUGAAACUGGUAUGUGUCCAGGUGCAAGGGUGGGGUUGGUUAGUUGAGCUACUUAGUGGUGUGUGUGUGAUACGAUCUCUGAAGCUACUUAGUGGUGUGUGUGCGUGUGCACGUGUUUGUGUGUGUGUAUGCGAUGCGAAGCAGAGCCUCUCCUCCACACUGAUGUUCCAGUACUGAGGUGGCAGGCAGGCACUGGGACCCUGGGGUUUAUGCCCCCUGGGCUGCUCACUCCAGAACUCUUUCCCCCCUGGGGGGUAACGGGGGGGCUGUAAUGGACUGUUCCCUCACCUGCCCUCUGAGAAACACACACACACACACACACACACACACACACACACACACACACACACACACACACACACACACACACCCACCCACCCUGCUGCUCUCCAGUGAGCGCUCACGCAGUAUGGGGCCUACAAGUUUGUAUCACCGCUGUAAUUGUGUACUUUGCAAACUGUAAAUAAAUGAUCUACUUGUAUUGCU